UUAAUGGAUUCGUAUUUGAUGCCAUUCCAUUGUUUCCUUUCCAGACAUUAUGUGCCGUCCUCUCAGCAGCCUCCACUGGACUUCUCUCAAUGUGUCCAAUGAGACAAUGUACUGCAAUGACAUCAGUUUCAUAUCAAAUUACAUUAUUUAGUUAAAGGACUACUGGGAGAUAAUUGUGUCCUUAAUUACAAUCAAACGUGACAGUAUCUGUCUGAACUCCGCGAGACUACCUUCGCUAUUGUCGUCUCUCUUCUGCACCAUUAUCGCGAGGUUUGAUCAGCUGUUAGGUCUGUUUUUAGAGUCGAGUGCUUGGACGGUCAACACGUGGGGAGGAUAGAGAAAGAGAGACAGAUACAGUAGGGGUACACGUUGGGAUUGAGUCAGGCCCGGAAAACGUAACAUAUCACGAUCAUUAAAUUCACUGAGGCGGCACGGUGGACGUUUAAAUACUGUGUAGCUGCUAGGGUCCUGAGGAGAUGCCACUGAGGUUCCGGUCUAUUGUCCCGUACACACUGCCUGGAGUGCUGGCGCUUAUAGGCUGGUGGUGGUACAUCUCACGCAAGAAAGAGCAAAUCACCAACCAUGACAGUGAGGAGGGGGCAGCGGCCAUGGGCUUGCUGGCGUCCCCAGCCCCCAGUGAUGGCAGCAACGGCCUGGUAGAGAAAGGGACAGUGUCCCUCUGCGCCACAGACACUACCCCCACAACCAGCAGCAGCAGCUGCAGAGAGAGAACAGCCAGCAGCAGAGUCAGACCAUCCAAGGCCGAAGAGCAAAGGUCAACAGAACAGGAGGUCGUAGCACAAAUUCACAUCCCGACCAUUAAGGCCCAGGCAGUAGAGGUACAGAGUACAUCCUGUUCACCUACAGAGAGGGCCUCCCACCACCCAGACAGAGCCAACGCAGUCACAGACCCUGGUGUAGAUAGGUGCCAACAGACACCCAGGAGCAGUUCUUCUCCUGCAGCCUCACCCUUACAAACACAGACCAGGAAGGAGAGUUGGGCUCUCCACGGAGAACACGGGGCCACUGGGCAGAGACCGGCAGUCGCCAUUGCCUAUGUUACAAAGCCGGUGAAAUCAAUGGUUACUGAGCAGGUCCCUGCUUCAGUGAAGGAGGCCAUCGCCACAGCAUCAGAGGCACUUGUUCUCUCCCAGAUGGCCCACGCCACGACUAGUUCCUCCACAGCAGCAGACCUGAUGAAUGCAGAGAGGCCUGAGCCAGAGGGGGAGGUGGCAGCAGCACAUGAGGCAGCAGUGGGCUUCAACCAGAACCUACAAGUGGAGCUGGUGGCCAAAGAUGCCCUCCUGGUCCCCUCCAGCAGUACCAAAGAUGAGCUGCUCUCCUCGUCCUUCAUCCCAGCUGAGACACCGGCCCAGGCCCUGAAAGUAGUCACACAUGAGCUUCUUUUCCCAGAGACCCCCACAUCUUCGCAGGGCUCCAACCAUGCUGUUGUGACUAGUAUUUCGGCCGUCCCGGCCCAAGGCCACCAGCAGGAGAAUGGGGCCCCCUGCAGCAGCGAGGAGCUGGAGGACCUGGCAGCAGGUUUGAUCACUGAGGUCAUCUGGGCAGCCACCCAGGAGGUCCUCAGUGUUGCCUCCUGUCCAGAGACCUGGCUCGGCCAAUCCGCUGCCGAGCCCUGCUGCAGAAGCACCCCGCUGGCCAAUGGGAGGCCAUGCUCUGAGCAAGAGCCACUCACAAGGAACAUACAGGAAGGGUCUUCCCCAAUAAGCCACGCUGAGAUGGAGUGGAGAGCGCAGCAGAAAGAAGGGAUGCCCAACGGUUGCCCGCCCGCCCCGGCAUGGGAGCCAAUGGGGACCGCAAACGCACUGAAUAACCCCUGGGGGGCAGCAGCAGCAUCCUCGCAGGAGGGGAGGCGUGAGGCCAGCAGCGUACCUGUCAACCUGGACAAACUGAAGGGAAAUGAAGGGGUGAUGGUGGCCGAGGACUCAGCCUGCAGUACGUGCCACUCUGAGGAUGGGGUCAGCAUUGAGGACCAGCAGAGCAGGGAGAGCCAGGAGGAUCUGAUCCAGGUGUCAGGGAUGUCCGAGGGGGAGGGUGGUCUGCGCCAGGUCCCAGAAGAGGUAGUGACCACGGAACAAGUGAUGGCAGGCCUACCAGGCCAUGUGCUGGGGGCUGUUGGCGAAAUGAAGAGGCUCAACGGCAUGGCCCUGAGGAAUGGUUCUCACGGGAUGAGUGAGACUGAGACCGAUCAGUCUGGAGGCUCGGAUGUGAACAGUAUGGACUCGGUGGAUAGUGGCUGCACCAUGGGGGCUAGGGACAGUAGUGGCAGCCCUGCCAUGGCUCUGGGCUCUGAACUUAUCGUUUGGGAGAUUGAGGUGCCAAAGCAUCUGGUGGGUCGGUUAAUUGGGAAACAGGGGCGAUACGUGAGCUUCCUGAAGCAAAGCUCUGGUGCAAAGAUCUAUAUCUCCACCCUGCCUUACACUCAAGAGUUUCAAAUCUGCCACAUAGAGGGCUCCCAGCAGCAGGUGGACAAAGCCUUGUCCCUGAUUGGGAAGAAGUUUAAGGAUUUGAACCUGACAAACCUCUAUGCCCCCCCACCUCUGCCGCUCACGCUGCCCUCGCUGCCCAUGACCUCCUGGCUCCUGCUCCCCAGCGGUGUAACCGUGGAGGUGAUCGUAGUGAACAUUGUAUCGGCUGGUCACCUCUUUGUCCAGCAGCACACACACCCUACGUACCACGCCCUGCGCAGCCUGGACCAGCAGAUGUUUCUGUGUUACUCCCAGCCAGACACACCCACCCUGCCCUCACCUGCUGAAGUGGGGGUGAUCUGUGCGGCGCCGGCGGUAGAGGGAGCCUGGUGGAGAGCCCAGGUCAUCUCCUUCUAUCAAGAGACCAGCGAGGUUGAGAUCCGAUAUGUGGACUAUGGUGGCUAUGACAGAGUGAAGAUUGACACACUACGGCAAAUAAGGUCAGACUUCGUAACAUUACCGUUCCAAGGUGCAGAAGUAUUACUGGACAACAUCGCCCCCCUUCCAGGAGAGAAGAGCUUUUCAACCGAGGCCUCCUCUGCACUGGAGGAGAUGACGAGAGGGGUAGCACUGCUUGCACAGGUCACAAACUACGACAACAACACUGGUCUCCCAUUAGUCCAGAUGUGGAACAUGGUUGGAGAAGAGCUGGUAUCAGUUAACCGCACACUGGCAGAGCGAGUGAUGGGUACCUGGGUGGACAGCUUUUGAACCUUGCUGCCCCCCACCCGUCAACCCCUUCUCAGUUUUACCACACCCCUCCUAGAUCCCUUCUUCUGACCUAAUCUCUGGAGGCUGACCCAACCAGCCCUCCAGAAACACCCCAUAACACUUCAAUGGAAGAACACAACCACUGGAUUUGGGAAUAAUUUGUUUUUUGGGGGGGAAUUUUUACCCUAGAUUUCACAAAGAAAUAAAAAUGGUUGUAUGCAGAAAAAUAUGAAGUACUGCUUCAGAAUAAGCCAACUCCCCUCCUCUCCUCCCCCACACACCAAAAGAACUUAAAGAAGGAAAUAAAGUACUUGUACAUUUUAAAAAUAGAUCUAUAUUGUAACUAAAGGUUGAUCUGAUUUUUCGUCCUACCUGACAUUUCACUCCACAACUUUGCCUGUGGAUUCUCAUCAUGCUGUGGAUGUAUAUCUCAACUCAAUAGGAAAUCGUGUCAAUGGAGAACUAACCUCACUGUCAGCUGUAAUUACAUGUAUACACUUGUAUAGUGAUAUCAACGGAAUUGGGCUUUGAAGACUGGGCUAAGUGUGGGGUUUCUAUAUUGUAUGUAGUGCAGUAGCCAGUCCCCAUUUCAUGUGCCGGCAGGCUGUGUCUCGUCGUUUGGUCUCAUCAUGACAGCCGGGGACAUACAGGCCUGGGGGGGCUAAGAAUGGCGUCUGGAUUCAUGGUUGUGAAUGACGACCUCGUCUGUGGAGACAAAUGUAGAUCUCAGCUUUGUUGCCACUAACCACAGUCAAGGAAACGGACAGGGUGGGAGUGAUUCCUUUCU